GAGACGCUCUCUUCCAAUCUGUGCCAAAAUUAACGUGUGCAUAAUAUACAUCUUCUGCAUAAUAACGGCCAUUGUAAACACACAUACGAGUGUGCCUGGGAAAACAUUCAAAGGUGCAGAAUGAUGAUCGUCUGCCAAAGUUAGCGCGCGCAGUGCCGAGACGUUGCUGCUACUGUUGGGAAGUCAUAGAAAUUUCUUGGAUUAUUUUCAACAAAAAAGAUAUUUUUCUCCUACAAAGGUAAUGGGGACAAGAAUUCAUGAUCCUUUGUUCCAUUAUGAGACCCAUUUUCCAGAGCGACUUUCCCGUUUACAUUUGACACCCGAUCUUGGGCCCCAAUCCCCUCAGAGGCGAAAUCGACGGACAAGGUCGUCACGACAGGAUGUCCGGUAUAAAACACAACCAGUGACCUUUGAUGAGAUUCAGGAAGUAGACGAAGAAAAUGUUCACGAGGAAAAACCAUCUGAAGAAAUAAAAUCCAUGCAGGCAUUCUCAAGGUCUAUGGAUGGUCUCUUACCAAAAGUUGGAGCAAAAGCUGACAAGAAAAUUUCCACAAAGGCCGAAUCACGUCUUCAGGGAACUGCAGAAGACGGACAAGACAAAGAAAACGUUGACAAACCUGUAGCUGGCAAACAAACGAACAGUAACAAUUCCGGUUUGCCGCCAACAGGGCUGUCACGUGACCCAAGACGGCAAAGGAUGACGGCAAAAGCGAAACGCCGACAGAUGAUGGCAGAGGCCAGGGAAGGAGAAUAAAAUACGUGAUGUUCAGAAAUUUAUUCUUCUAUUUCUUAUAUUCGUACGUUGUAAAGAAUUUUGAUAUAUGGUAUAUUUUGUGAUAUCGACUUAUUUCAUUGACAUGCACGUGCUUUGAUGGAGAUAAGUGUAUACCUUGAUGAUUUGGUGAAUUCGUGGUUUUUAAUGGCCGUGUACAGCAAUUUGUUUCUUUAUAACUGUGCCAAUGUUAUCGCCAUUUCAUUGAUGUUAAUGGGGGAAACAAUUUCGUUGAUGAAUAUUUAUUUGUUUCGGACUCAGCCUCGAAAUGUUGUACAUGUGUGCUGAGCAUUGUAAAACAUGAGUGCGAAUCAUGAAUUUAUAUAAUUAUACAGAGCUGACAGCAUCAAACACAGUGUAUGAUUUGUCGUUUAAAAUUAAAAACUCGAGCUAUGCC